AUGACUGGCUCUCUGGCUCUCCAGGAGGAGCGCGCGCAGGACUGGGUGCGGUUUCGGCUGGAGGCGGACGCGGCGUACAAGGCGGAGCUGGCGGAGGAAGCGAAGAGGGAUCCGGCCGACGCCGAGGAGAUCGUGGGGAUGCACGUGCCGGCCGCGGGGAAGACGAGUGAGACGGAGUGCGACAUCUGCCUCGGCGAGCUCUUCCGCGACGGCGGCUGCGAGUUCAAGAAGAGGCUCAGGAUGAUGCCCUGCUCCCACACCUUCCACCAGAGCUGCAUCUGGGAUUGGCUCCUGGACGACCGCCGGUGCCCGGUCUGCGGCUACGCCAUGCCCUCCGAGAAGCGCCGCCGCGUCGAGGAGGAGAUGGACAGCCAACGUCUCCGUUUGGCUCGGGUUAAUAUUAAUUAA